AUGGAUGGCAUUAAUGAAAGAAUUGUCGAAUUAUUAAGUAUAAAUUAUUUACCUGCUGUGGAGAGUUCUAAGCAGAUAGAAGAAAUUAUACGAGAGUUAGACAAAGAUACUCUUGAAAAAUUGAAUGCCUUCACAAUCACAUGGUUACAAGUUCCUGUAGUUAAAAUUUUACGGGCAGUAAACAGACAUACUGAAAAUAUACUAAUGAUAGUUCAAAAAGUUGCCUGCUCCGUAUGGAAUCGAUUUAAUCAGAAAAAUCAAAUCGAUGAACAUGAAUUGGAGUUUUUAAAUAAUGUUGGGCAAUUAAAUAUAAUGAUUGUUGAUGCGCAACCAGAUAACGACCGUGGAAUAAUAUGUGGGAGUGUGAAUCGUUGUUAUUUGACAAGCGUUUGA